UUGCGAUGGCAAUUGCAUCGUGACAUUGUCCUGUCUCUCUCCAAGACCUUCUCUCUCUUCAUGGAGAAAGGAGUAGGAGGAUAAAAAGCGCACAAAGAGCAACCGCUUUGUGCAACUCUCUCUCUCAUCUCUCUCUCUCUCUCUCUCUCCGCCAAAAGAAGAGAUCACCAAGGCUUAGGAUUCCCCAACAAUUCCAUUCCAAAGCAGCAGCAGCAGCAGCGAACAGCGGCAGCAUCCUUGAAUCUUGGGAGCAGAGCAGCUGCAGCUGCAAGAGGGGAGAGAGAAAGAGAGAAGGCAAAUCUUGGGGGGUGCUUUCUCAUCUUCUCUUCUCGGUUCGAGGUGGUGGUGCGGGAGGGAGGAGGAGGAAGGGUUGGAGAGAUUGGAUUUGGUGGUGGUGGAGUGGAGGAGGUUGGGGGGUGGGGGAGUGGUUAGUUCUUGGCUUGUUGCUAAGCAGCUGCAGCUACUCAGCUCGUGCGCCAUUAAAGGCCUCGCCUUUGGGUCUCCCCCUCUUUCUACCGCCUCCACCUCUUUCUUCUUCGUCUUCUUCCUUCUCUACCCCUUUCACUCGCUCUCGCUCUCGCUGCGAGCGUGGAUUGGUGCCUACCGCCUACCGCGGUGGUUGGGUUGGGCUAGGGCAGGCGGCCCCUUUCGUUGGUGAGGAGGUGGGGUGGAAUUUCGCGGCUGCGCGCUUCGCCGGCGGAGGUUCUGGGCUCUGAAUCUUGGAGGAGCACGGCGGCGGCGGGUUGAAUUCUUGGUGGUUCUUGGUUCGGAGUGGAGGGGAUUUUUUUUUCUUGGCGGGGGAUUUUGGGGGGAUGCGGUGCUGAUUGAUUCGGGCGUGGUAUGUGGUGGCCAUGAGGAAGCUCUUCUUCUCCGAGUUGACCUCCUGCAAGGAGACCAAGCUCCACUCGGCGCCGCACUCAUGGCUGCCCCUCGAGAAAGGGAAGCUCUCCAAGUUCGCCGGCCACUCCAGCUCCUCCAUAGAAUCGUUGAUGAAAAUGCCAGAACCGGCGGUUCUUCCCCAUUUCAAGCCGGCGGAUUAUGUCGACAUAUUGGCUCAGAUUCAUGAGGAGCUGGAGUCUUGCCCUCCGGAUGAGAAGUCCUGUCUGUACCUGCUCCAAUUCCAGGUUUUCCGUGGCCUCGGGGAGGCCAAGCUGUCGCGGCGGAGCCUCCAGUCUGCGUGGGAGAAGGCGAGCACGAUACAUGAGAAGCUGAUAUUUGGGGCCUGGCUAAAGUAUGAGAAGAAAGGGGAGGAGCCAAUUUCUGACCUUCUUAGCUCGUGCGGCAAGUGCUCUCAGGAGUUCAAGCUGCUGGAUUUCGUGUCGCAGAUCUCCACCGAGUCACAUGAGAUAAGCUACGACGACAAGUCGGAUGUAUUUUGGGGCUCUCCAGUGGUGCAUUUCCGGAUAAGAGAUGAUAUGAUUGCAUGUGAUCGGCGAAAGCUUGCAGCUUUGUCAACCCCGCUGUAUGCUAUGCUUAAUGGUGGUUUUCGGGAAUCACAUCUUGAGGUCAUUGAUAUGUCUCGAAAUGGCAUCUCCCCUAUUGGUAUGCGAGCAAUCAGUAAAUUCAGCUUGUCAGGAAGACUGCCAUAUUUAUCAGCAGAAGUUAUUUUGGAAAUGCUUGAUUUUGCCAAUAAAUUCUGCUGCAAUGGCCUCAAGGAUGCUUGUGAGCGAAAGCUUGCUUCUUUUGUUUGUUCAAGGCAAGAUGCUAUAGACUUCAUGGAGUGUGCUCUUGAGCUGGGCUGUUCCAUCCUGGCUGCCGCUUGCUUGCAGGUGCUCUUGAAUGAACUUCCGGAGUGCUUGAAUGAUGAACAAGUGGUUAGGAUAUUCUCCUGUGCAAGUAAGCAGCAGAGGUCCACGAUGGUUGGCAAUGCAUCUUUUUCCCUAUAUUGCCUUCUUAGUGAAGUGUCCAUGAGCAUCAACGCGACAUCGGAUGUUACAAUGACCUUCUUGGAAAAAUUGGUGGAGUCAGCAUCAGAUUCUAGACAGCAGCAGUUGGCCUUGCAUCAAUCGGCAUGCACAAGGCUGCUAAGGAAAGAUUACACUGAAGCUGAGCGUCUGUUCAAUGCCGCAUUUACCACUGGUCAUCUCUAUUCUGUAGUGGGUUUGGCAAGACUUGCCUCUAUGAGGGGUAAUAAACAUUUUUCUCUCAAGUUGCUUGAUUCUGUUAUGUCAUCUCGCUGGCCACUUGGAUGGAUGUACCAAGAAAGAGCACUAUAUUUAGAGGGUGAUAACAAAUUGGAAAAUCUUAACAAGGCCACUGAGUUGGAUCCUACCCUUACAUACCCCUACAUGUUUAGGGCUGCAUCUUUGAUGAAAAGACAAAGUGUUGAAGCUGCCCUUAUGGAGAUCAACCGGAUCCUGGGAUUCAAGCUUGUUCUGGAAUGCUUAGAGCUAAGGUUCUGUUGCUAUCUGGCACUCGAGGAUUAUAGAGCUGCUUUAUGUGAUGUCCAGGCGAUCCUCACACUUGCUCCAGAUUAUCGUAUGAUUGGUGGUCGGGUGUCUGCGAAGCAGUUGCGUAUGCUUGUGAUGGAGAAUGUAGAGCAGUGGACAACUGCUGACUGCUGGAUGCAGCUUUAUGAUCGAUGGUCAUCUGUUGAUGAUAUAGGAUCCCUCUCAGUCAUAUAUCAAAUGCUGGAGUCAGAUGCUGCUAAAGGAGUUCUCUACUUCAGGCAAUCUUUGCUUCUUCUCAGAUUGAAUUGUCCUGAGGCUGCAAUGCGCAGUUUGCAGCUUGCUCGUGAACAUGCUGCAAGCCAACACGAACAGCUUGUUUAUGAGGGAUGGAUAUUGUAUGAUACCGGCCACUGUGAGGAGGGACUGCAGAAAGCAGAAGCAUCCAUCGCAAUACAAAGAUCAUUUGAAGCAUUCUUUCUGAAAGCUUAUGCUUUGGCUGAUUCGAGUCUUGACCCUUCAACCUCAGCAACAGUUGUGUCACUUCUUGAAGAUGCAUUACGUUGCCCCUCAGAUAGACUAAGGAAGGGUCAGGCUCUGAACAACCUUGGGAGUGUUUAUGUGGAUUGCGGGAAGCUAGAUCUGGCAGCUGAAUGCUACAUUAAUGCCCUAAAGAUUGGCCAUACCAGAGCUCAUCAAGGCCUUGCUAGGGUCCAUUUCCUUAGAAACAACAGAACUGGUGCAUAUGAGGAAAUGACCAAGCUAAUAGAGAAGGCCAGGAGCAACGCGUCGGCUUACGAGAAGAGGUCCGAAUACUGCGAUCGUGAGCUAACAAAAGCAGACCUACAGAUGGUGACCAAACUAGAUCCACUGCGAGUCUACCCCUACAGAUACCGUGCUGCUGUGCUGAUGGACAACCACAAGGAGAAGGAGGCCAUCGCGGAGCUGACAAAGGCAAUCGCCUUCAAGGCAGACCUGAACUUGCUCCAUCUGCGAGCCGCCUUCCAUGAGCACGUCGGCGAAAUCUCGAGUGCACUCCGGGACUGCCGCGCAGCCCUCUCCGUGGACCCUAACCACCAGGAGAUGCUCGAGCUUCAUCACCGGGUGAACAGCCAAGAACCCUGAGCCCAUUGUUGUACAUACAGGAACUCUACAUAGCCAACUAUACCAGUGUAUGUUUUGUACCAUACACAGCAGAUCAAUGUAAGGAUAGUAGCCAAUUUAGGCCCCCCACCUCAGAACCAAUCCCAAUUCCUUGUGUCCUUAAUUAGAAUAUGUUGCUCAUCAUAUGUCCUUUUUUAGUAAAUUAUUAUAUUUUUGUGAUUAAGCCCCCUCCUAAUUGUACCAUCCAUGUGCCACCCAACCCAUGCUCCCAACAAGUUUUGACUAUCUCAUGUGUAAAUGAAAAAUGGAAGAAGAAAAAGAAUGGAGAAGGUUUGUGUCGAC